GCGGGGCGGGAGCGGCUUGGCGGCGGCGGCCGGAUAACGGCGCCGGUGGCUGUGCCCGCGUCCUCGGCAUUCCCGGCUCACCCGGCAUUCCCGGCAUCGCCCCCUCGGCGGCGGGGCUUGGGAGAGCGGCGAGCGGCUCGGCGCGGUGGCACCGUCCCGGGGAGCAGCGUAUAGCUUAGUGUUAUGGGUGAUACAGAAGAAGCUAAAAUGCAGAUAACACCAGAAACUCCAGGACGAGUCACAAUCCUGAAUCCUUUUGAAAGUCCCAGUGAUUAUUGUACUCUUCAGGAGCAGAUUGUUUCCAGUCCUUUAAUUUUUAAGUCAACGAAAUCCUCAUCUACCCCAGGAAAAUUCAGAUGGUCUAUUGAUCAGCUUGCUCUAAUAAAUCCUGUGGAAAUAGACUCGGAAGACAUUCGACGCCAAGGAAUGUAUUUGAGCCGUGCUAGAAUUGAUAAGGAGACAGAAGACAGAAGGCAAAAAGCUAUUGAGGAGUUUUUCACAAAAAAACUCAUAGUUCCUUCUCCUUGGACUGAACAUGAAGGCAAGCAAGUUUCUCAGUUUAAUUCAACUAAAUCCAUAGAUAUAAAUAACAUUUCUCCAAUUGGAAGACGGCUGAGCUUGCAGCCUGGGAAAAGCAAUGCUGCUUGUCAGACAGUACUGUCUUUGCCAGUGGAUUUUAAUUUAGAGAAAAUACUAGGUGAAUAUUUUAGAACUGAUGAAUUUGCAGAUCAGUCUCAGGAAAAUCUAAGCUCUUCAUCACUCAGAAGAAAGCUGUUUUUAGAAGAAAAUGGGAAUGUAUCUGCAUGUUUGUCCCCUUCUUUGCAUAGUCCAUGUGGUAGUCAGCCACUUGGAGUGCUUUGUUCCAUAGAAUUAUCUCCAGUCCGGUGCAGAAGCCCUCUGGACACAUCUAGUUCAGGUCAGUUUUCAUCAAGUCCUAUUCAGGGAGGAACAAGAGCUUAUAGUCUGGGAAGUAUAACCAGUCCCCCAUUUCCAGAGGGGUCUCCAGCACCUAAUGGUUCUCCGGCUUUUUCACCAAUUGCUUUUCACAUAAGAAAAACACCACUCUCAGACCAAAGAAAAUUUACAUUUCGUUCUCCAGAUAUUCCUUCUUCCUCAAAUAGAAUGACACCCCCAAGUACAAGAAGUCCUUACAUAGAUGGUUGUUCUCCAAUUAAAAAUUGCUCUCCUAUGAGACUUGGAGCCUGUAGAGGAACUGCCCAAUAUCAGACUUCUGUCAUUAGAAUACCAAUUGCAGUUGAGAAUCGUGAGGAUGAGGAAGACAAGGAAAACACUUCUCCAGCAGAAGCUCGGUUCCCAGAAAUGGAUAAAGGAAUAAACCUACAUCAGGAAGACAGUGAUACUUUCGCACAUGGUACACAUCUUGUGGUGACAACUGUGUCUAUUGCACCAGAUCACUCAGAAGGUUGUCACCAAAGGUUGCCAUCAUUUCAGGAUAUAGAAGGCUUAAAGGAAAAUAAUACUGUAGACAUGGCUGAUGCAGCUGAAGUGUCAGAGGAAAACACUUGGAUGAAAGAAACAAUUGGCAGUAGCAGUGCACCAAUGACCAGCUUUAUGACAGGCAUUACUUUCAGUAUUGAAAGCUCUCGCAUGUGCAUGUCACCUCUUGCAGAAAGCAGUGCAAUUCCUUGUGACAACAGUAGUAUUCAGGUGGACAGUGGUUACAAUACACAGACUUGUGGAAAUAGCAUUAUGGAUACUGCAGGGACUGAAAACAGUUGCAGAGAGAAUGAUUUGAACACUAUUGUGUUUCAGAAUAAAUCUCAGCUGCUUAGAACAAAGGAGUGCUCUGUUUUAAGCCAUAAGGACAAUCAGUUGCUGAGAACAAAAUCUCCAGAGAAGCAAUCCUGUUUUCAAAAAGCCAAAACACAUAGCACAGUAUUUGGUCAAAAUGCAACUUGCAACAUUUCUGCUUGGAAACAUAAAAAUGAGAAUCAAGUUCAGGGAUUUCACAAAAGUGGUAUGUAGUUUUCUGAUGGAGAACUUAAUCUGUGGUUUGUAAUAAAUUUUUAUACAUAUGACCUCAAUUACCUGGAUUAUAUAUACUAUUUUGCUUUUCUAAUGCAAAUGUAAUGAACUGUUUGGUAUAUAUUAAGGGAGUUUUUAAAUAAUGUGGGAUUUUUCAGGUCUUAUUAAGAAAUUUAUUAGUGUCAUUAAGUGAUCCUUUUUGAAAAUUAAAGUGUCUACAUUUGGUACAGAGAAACAACAGGGGUUUUUUUCAGAAUUGUAUUCCUUUUGUGACUAGGGUGGAUUCCAUGAGCAGCCUAGGAUAACUUGCAUAGGAAACAGUAUAACUGCAAAAUCACUUACAUUUUAAGAUUUGUCCCUCCUAAAGGCAUGAGGCACAUUUUUCUUUGUGGGAAAGAAAAAGUGGAAUGGGUAAUUAGUCUGGUUUUGGUUUGCUUUUCUCCAACCAGAAAUAUUGUGUGGCUUCAUAAAUACUACCACUAGUACCAAGAGUAAGUCACUGGACAGAAGUGAACUGUUGGAGUGUGAUGAGAGCAAAUGCCAAGUUUAGUUAUCUUAGAAGUAUAAAAUGAUCUUUAUGUUAGAAGAAGCUGCUUAGUAGUUCUCUGAACAGCUUUUUCCUUGGUUUGACAGAAAUCUGUAAUGUUAGUUAGGUUUAAGUAAAAUGUAUUAUUGGUUACCUUAAAAUUAAAAGAUAGUGUUGUUGCUUUGGUAAUUGUGUUAGUACUAAACUUGGAGUUGAUCAGCUGACACUACCAGUGUCUCUGAAGAACAACUGUGUCCAAAUUGAUGCCCUGGUACUCUUUGGAAGGAACCUAAGAAGGUGCAGUAAGAUUCAUUUGACUCAGUACUACCACUAAGAAAAUGGUGUAGCCUUUCUUCAUUCCUAGUAUUAUUAUGUUGCUUAUAGAAAUUACCAAAAUACUUAGAUAAAUCUUUAAAAAAAUAAUUAACUUUUGCGUGCCAUUUAUUACCAAAAAGCAAACCUUUGAUCCUUUCAAGAAAACCAUCAGUUAAUUAAAAUAAUGGAUUAUGGGGCAUGGGGGGGUGUCAGAAGCCUAGAACUCCCUUUGUAUAAUCAAAUCAGAUUUAGCUGAAUUUGCUUGUAUUUGUUUAAAAGAACCUUCUGGAAUUUAAUAAAUGUAAAUAGAGGGAAAAAUCCAUAUGGUAAUCUUGUGGCCCUAAUGACCAAGAGGGAAAGAAGAGAUAAGGGAUUUAUCUGGUAUUUCAGAGCUCUGUUUAUGUAGAGCUCUGGUGAACUCUAAUUGGAUUAAUGAAAAAGAGAAGUCCAUUCACCAGUGUUCCAGGUGAAGCAGUCUUCCUCUCUUUUCAUAGCAAGGAUGUCCCAGGAUACUGAAUUUAAGUUCUGCUUUCUGUUCUGUGCCACAACCCACAGAAAAGUUUGUACCAAAGUGACAGAUGGUGGCUGAUGAGCAGCAAUUGGCACACUAGGCCUGAAACCUAUUGGUCAGAUCUAAAUUUGAAUGCAAAAUAGUAUUUAAAAAAAAAAUCUUAAAAGGGAAGGUGUGAACAGAAUCCUUUGGCAUUAAAAUCAGUGUAGUAGACCUGAGAGUUGUGUGGUGUUUGAAUGAAACAGUUCCUGAAAUACUUUCAUUAAUAAUUUCCUAGUGCAGGCUUUCUGAAAAGCAAAUUUGAGAAAAAGGGAAACAUCUGUCUGCAUCACUUGAUUGUAGUUCUCACAUUGCAAAAAUAAAUACUAAAAAAUUUACUUUAGAAAUCUUAUGAGCAAACAUGAUGUGCAUUAUUUUUACUUCUGCAUCAGUUUUAAUCACUGUUUCUGUAAUGCAUGUGGGAUUGAGAGUAAUGGAACCUAGUGUCAGAUAUUAGCUGUUUCAUUAUCUUCAAACAGUGCUCUACUGGAAGCUGGAAAUACACUGAAUUGAUAACUGUUAAGGAAUGAAUUUGGUUAAAAGUAGGAGAUGAACUUCUGGAAAACAAAUUUUAUAGAAUAGGGCCUUCAAAAUAUUUUAGCUUUAGCUUCUAAGUUUGUCACUCAAAAGCAGGAUACAACUUCUCUGAGAUUUAAAAGUUACGUAUGACCUUGUGUCAUUUCUGCUUCUCAUUAUAAUUUUAACAACAAUCAAUUGAAAGUUCUGUACAAAGGAUUUAUUUUU